CGAGGCACGUCAGGGGGCACCACCAUCGAUCCAUCCAUGGCGGCAAUGUUAUGGCUGGGUAAUGGCGUACGAAUGUGAUUUCCCGUUUAAUAAGUUCCAGUGGUACAGGCAGUGCAUGUAAUAGCAAGAAACAAACUUCCAGAAGCUCGAGGGCACUGUCGUACCGGUCACUGAAGCAUAAUUGUGGCAGUAAUGGAUGCCACUCCAUCUGCACAAGACUGCUUUAUGGAGCGCUCACUGGAGUAUGCAACAGAGAGGCAAGGAAUGGAAGGUGUUGACAUUCCAGCUGAUUCUUCUUUAGAAUAUCAACAGCCCAAUGACAGAGUGGAAAGUGAGGUAUGCGAUACAUCUAUAGUCUGUCAAGCAAGUGGCCAAGGCACGGAAGGUCCAGACGAAUUUGUAGUGGUUCAGCAGGAUAAUUCAAAACUGAACGAGAUAAACGUCCCUGAAGCAGAACACGAGAACGAGCACGCCACGGUGGAACAACCAGAAAGCGCAUCGUAUAACGGAGAAUGUAGUCCGCGCGCAAACGGAAAAGACGGUUCGAAAACAGACGAGCUAAGCAUCCCAGAAGGAGGAAACGAGGACGAGCUCGUCAUACCAGAAGUACGAGACGUAGAAGAGCCCGACGACCCGCCACCGAAGAGGUACCAGUGCCGCUUCUGCAGCUAUUCCACCCGUUCCAAGGGCGCAACGGGGAGGCACGAAAAGCACAAGCACAAGAAACGCUUCUACUGCAAGCUGUGUUCGGCCAAGUUCUGCUUCCAGAGCGCGCUGGACAAGCACACGCUGAAGCACACCGAAGGCAGGCAGUACAAGUGCGCCUUCUGCCCCGCGGAAUUCGAUCGCAAGAGCCAGCUGGAGUACCACGUCAUAAGGCACACGGGUCACAAGCCGUUCGCCUGCAGCAUGUGCCCGGCCGCGUUCACCCGUAAGCGCGCCCUGGAGGCGCACGAGCACGUGCACAGGGGCGAGAAGCCGUACGGGUGCCCGGACUGCCCCGCGACGUUUGCCAGCAAGUCUUACCUAGCGGUGCACGUGCGCGUCCACACGGGGGAGAAGCCAUUUGCGUGCAAGCACUGCCCGUCGCGGUUCGCGCGGAGGAACCACAUGGUGAACCACAUGAGGACUCACACGGGGGAGCGGCCCUUCACCUGCGAGUAUUGCGCGGCCUCCUUCACCCAAAAGAACAACCUGCAGGCGCACGUGCGGCUCCACACGGGAGAGAAGCCGUUUGUGUGCGACAUCUGCUCGAAGGCGUUCACUCACAAAGUGAGUCUCGUGACUCAUCUUCGGAAGCACGCGAAAGUGGAAGACCACCGUGUAACACGACCGUGUUUUACUCGAGGUACCGAAGACUUCGCGGGGCGGUCCUACCACUGCCAGUACUGCAACUACACUUCGGACGCAGCUUCCAAGUUGUCGCGGCACCUCAAGAUCCACCUCUUCGGGAAACCGUACGCGUGCUACGUGUGUAAUGCACGUUUUGCACAAAAGGGCCACCUGUCGUCACACAUGCGCAGGCACACGGGCGAACGGCCCUUCAAGUGCGACGUCUGCUCACUGUCCUUCAGUCAGAAGAGCAUCUUAAACAGGCACAUACGCAUACACACGGGAGAACGGCCCUACGUGUGCGAAUUCUGUUCGGCAGCCUUCACCCAAAGGCACUGUCUGGUGGCGCAUUCAAAGCAGCACGCGAACGAAAGGCGAUUUGCGUCGAACAGCCGCAGAAGACCCUUGGUGGCCAUGCCUAAACUAGACACAUCUUCAUUUCCAGCUCGUCGACCUCCAGGUGCGGUACGCAACAGCGGCCUAGAGAACGCUAUCAAGGGGAGACAUUUUCGGUGUUGUUACUGCGGUUUCACCUUCAACCACAGAGCGGGACUGACGCGGCACUUGCGAAUUCACACGGGGGAGAAGCCUUUCACGUGUGACGUCUGCCAGGCCUCGUUCCCUAGGAAAGAAACGCUUAAGACGCACAGAAGGACGCACACGGGUGAAGCGCCGUACGAGUGUGGCAUCUGCACAGAAAAAUUUAUCAGUCGCGCAAAUCGGGCGUUUCACCUGAGGAAAAUGCAUUCGUGAUGUUCAACUACAAGUGUUAAAACAAGGUGAGGCAAACAGUUUGGUCCUUCCCAACACAAUGUCCUGUAACUGUGAUACUUUUCUGCAUUUUAUCGUAGGAGCUACGAUUGAUUGAUCAAAUAAAACAAUCGUAUCUGCUCUG